GGCGCGGGUGUUUUCUCACCCAAUGACACACGUUGUGGGCGUGUUUUAAGUGACAGCUCUUCGGAACGAGGAACUAAACCGCAGUUGGCAGCUCUACCGGAGACAUGUGUGGCAUCUUUGCAUAUCUGAAUUAUCAUGUGCCCCGCACUCGGCGGGAGAUCCUCGAGGUCCUUAUCAAAGGUCUGCAGCGCCUGGAGUACCGCGGCUAUGACUCCGCUGGUGUGGGGAUUGAUGGGGGAAACAGCAAGGAAUGGGAAACCAACUCCAAGAGCAUCCAGCUGAUCAAACAAACCGGGAAAGUCAAAGCCCUGGAUGAUGAAAUCCAUAGGCAGCAGGAUGUUGAUCUUGAUUUGGAGUUUGAUGUGCAUCUGGGAAUCGCUCACACUCGAUGGGCCACUCAUGGCGCCCCCAGCCCUGUCAACAGCCACCCGCAGAGAUCUGACAAGAACAACGAGUUUAUUGUCAUCCAUAAUGGAAUCAUCACCAACUACAAAGACCUGAAGAAAUUUCUGGAGAGUAAAGGCUAUGAGUUUGAGUCUGAGACUGACACGGAGACCAUCGCUAAGCUAGUGAAGUACAUGUAUGAUAACCGGGAGAGCGAUGACAUCACCUUCGCCACCCUCGUGGAGCAAGUCACCCAGCAACUAGAAGGAGCUUUUGUCUUGGUCUUCAAAAGUGUGCACUAUCCAGGAGAAGCAGUGGGCAGCAGGAGAGGAGGUCCAUUGCUGAUUGGAGUUAGAAGUGAACACAAGCUUUCCACCGAUCACAUCCCCAUCCUGUAUCGCUCCUCUGCUAAAGAUAAAAAGAGCUGCAAUACUCUGCCCAGAAUGGACGAGGACACGUGUCUAUUUCCUGUAGACGAGAAAUCCGUGGAGUACUACUUUGCAUCUGAUGCCAGUGCUGUCAUCGAGCACACCAAUCGGGUCAUCUUCCUCGAGGACGAUGACAUCGCGGCAGUGCGUGACGGGCGUCUUUCCAUCCAUCGGAUCAAGCGCACCGCAGGAGACCACCCGGCCCGCGCCAUGCAGACCCUUCAGAUGGAGCUGCAGCAGAUCAUGAAGGGAAACUUCAGCUCCUUCAUGCAGAAGGAGAUCUUUGAGCAGCCAGAGUCUGUGGUCAACACCAUGCGAGGAAGAGUUAACUUUGAGAACAACACAGUGAUCUUGGGAGGAUUGAAAGACCACAUUAAAGAGAUCCAGAGAUGUCGGAGGCUCAUCUUGAUUGCCUGUGGGACCAGUUACCAUGCUGGAGUUGCAACUCGUCAAAUACUGGAAGAACUCACUGAACUUCCUGUCAUGGUGGAGCUGGCGAGUGAUUUCCUGGAUCGAAACACUCCUGUCUUCAGAGAUGACGUGUGCUUUUUCAUCAGCCAGUCAGGAGAGACAGCAGACAGCCUGUUGGCUCUGCGCUACUGUAAGGAGAGAGGCGCGCUGACGGUGGGCAUCACCAACACUGUGGGCAGCUCCAUCUCCAGAGAAACUGACUGCGGCAUUCACAUCAAUGCUGGUCCAGAGAUUGGUGUGGCUAGCACUAAGGCAUACACAAGUCAAUUUGUGGCUCUCAUCAUGUUUGCCCUGCUGAUGUGCGAUGACAGAAUCUCAGUGCAGCCACGCAGACGAGAAAUCAUACAAGGCCUCAAAGUGUUGCCAGAUCUCAUCAAGGAGGUGUUGAGCCUGGACGUGGAGAUUCAGAAGUUGGCAGCUGAGCUGUAUCAGCAGAAGAGUGUUCUCAUCAUGGGCCGAGGCUACCACUACGCCACCUGCCUGGAGGGAGCCUUGAAAAUCAAGGAGAUCACGUACAUGCAUUCAGAGGGGAUUUUGGCUGGAGAGCUGAAGCAUGGGCCGCUGGCUCUAGUGGACAAACUGAUGCCUGUCAUAAUGAUCAUCAUGAGAGACCACACAUACAACAAAUGCCAGAACGCACUGCAGCAGGUCGUGGCUAGACAGGGCCGUCCGAUCGUGAUCUGUGAUAAGGAGGACAAUGAGACCAUCGACAACUCCAGCCGCACCAUCAAAGUGCCUCACUGUGUGGACUGUCUGCAGGGAAUCCUCAGUGUCAUCCCUCUACAGAUGCUCUCCUUCCACCUCGCUGUGCUCCGCGGAUACGACGUUGAUUGCCCAAGAAACCUGGCCAAGUCUGUGACUGUUGAGUAAACGCUUCCUGUUUGAUGCCACAUACAUGCAUACAGACUAUCGAAGACAAAUGAAGAGAGGGUUUUAUACAUGCCAGGUUCAUAUAAUGAUCCUAAAGAACCUGAAGUGUACCUCUUUAUACAUAUAUCUCAUCUCAAAGCAUGAUUCUGGAAGCUUCAUAUCAUUGCUGACUGGAUUGUGAUUUUUAUUUUUAUUAUUUUUGGUGGUGGCGUGGUAUGGGGUGCGAUUAUAAGAGCUGCACUCUUAACUCAGUGGCACUUGGUGUGGUCUAUAACACAUUUUUCUUCUGACUUUUUAUUGUUCAUUUGCUCUAUUCAUAAAAUUAGUUUGACCCAGAAAGACUUCUAGAUGCUUCUCAUCAAGUACACAUAAGCAUUUGCGAAGCAAAGAUAAGUAACACAAAAAAACACACAAUUCUAGUGAGAUGUGGCACUAAAACAAAACUGUGAAUCAGUGUUCCGUGGUAGUUUGCACAAUAUUUUGUUUAUGCAGGUUGCUGCUAUUUAAAGGGAUGUUCUUGUUACUGAUGAGAAUAUUUUUUCCAGAGGUGACCUCUCAUCAUCUGGAAUUUCCUAUCCAUGGGGAUUUCCCUAGUUAACCUUCUAAUCUCGGAGCAUACAGUGGCCUGUAGGAGCUUUGAUACAAUCUGUAUUGGUAAUCAUUGAACCGAUGCAGAUGUCUUUAGAGUUUGGUCUAGACAAUCCAUUACUUUGGGACUUUAAAACAUUACUUGAAUGGUUUAUGAAGUUGGUUGGCUAAUACUUUACAAUGUGACUCAGUACUUUUAUUAGCAUUUGUUAAUCUUGGUUAAUUUCUACAUAUAUAAUACAUUUUGAACAUUUCAAGAUGAUUGAACCAACAUGAAUAAACAAUGGACAGUAAUAUAUUUAUAAAUUCAAAUUAACCUAGAUUCAUAAAUGCAUUAAUAUAUGCAAUAACUAAUGAUAAAAAAUACUUUAUGUAAAAGGUUACCCUAAAGAACAUAUUUUUUAUUAUCUUUAGAGGUUUCUUUCAUUCUUGUUGCAAAGAAAUUAAUGAAAACCUGCUAGAAAAAUCAAAUAUGAAGUGAAUGUAUGAUCUGAUCUAUCUAACUGUUUUUUUUAGUGAAGUUUCUAUGUGCUUUUGACAAACUGGGUCAUAGAAAUAGUCAUGAAUGGGUUGAUGAAGAGCUACUGAUAUAUUAAAAGCCAUGUUGAAAUGAAAUUGAAUGCUUACACGGUUUGAUGAAGAGAAUGGGAUGUUUGAAUAUUUGCUUCCCACAGAAAGUCAGCACACAUAGAUGUUUUGAACCCAUUGAACCUAAAGUAGUGAUAGUAGUGAGUAGUUUACCUGUAGUUACUGUAUAAGUAUCAUAUUUAUAAUAAUCAGUUACUGAGAUUAAUCUGAAGGUACACUUUUGUUGUGUACUUGAAAUAUAUGCAUGAACUUUUUGGCCUCCAUUCUUCGAUUCCUUUCUUAUAGAAAAUUCAGAGGCCUUGUUACAGAGGAGACCGUGAGUGUCUCUGGUUUACACGAGUACUGCCAAAGAAUGCAGAAGAAAAACCUUAAACAUGAAGUGUGCUGUUACGUAGCGCCCGCCCCAUACUACGCCACCAUCAGCUAUAAUUGUUUCCAUGGGACCAUUUUGUCUUUCUCUUAUGUUUUGUUUUUAUUGGGUAUAGAAGGGUUAUAUAUUAUAUACUACUUUAUUUGCAAUUAAAGUACUCAUGUACUUCUUUUGAUCCAAAUAUUGUGACUUUUUUUAUUUUAUUUCUUCAUUCCAUUUUGUUGUGCAUAAAAUCAACACAAAUAAAGAUUUAUAUCAUCUGAA